UAUAUCAAAAGUUGGUUAGUCAAUGUGUCGUGCAAAUGUUUGUCUCCUAGUUUUUCCUUCAACAAUUUAUGUAAAUACUUCCCAUCAUAUUUGGGUCCUCCUAAAAGUUCGAAAUAAUGUGUGAUAUUAACGAUGAGAGAGCUAUUGUACGAGAAAUAUCAUCUGCAUACGAAAGGUACGUAGUACAAUAAUGUGAUCUCUCUGUCAACAAUUAACUACACCUAAAUUGGGGGAAGAUUUUAGGGCAAUGUUUGAGAUAAAAAGGGAGGAUAUCUUUAGUAGUAUACAAGGGACGAUUAUUUUCAUCUGGGGUAGUAAGCAUGGCAGCCACAAGGCCACAUGUGCUCGUCCCUGCAACUACAUGAAAAUAAUCUGCGAGCCUUACAUGCUUAAAAGAAAAGGUUUAAUCCCUCUUAUUCCACCCCCAUCAAUACUAAGAAUAGUGAUGAGACUUCCGUUAGUGGGAGAAUGAAGGGAUGAUUCGAGUUUUCUCCAUGGGUGAGAGAUUGAAGAAAAGGCAAUGCACAAGGCUUAAUCUAGCAACGAAAACUAAGAGAGAGAUUAAUUUGAAGUUUCAAGAAUCUCAAGAGGAAAGGUUUGCAAAUUAUGGAAUUAACCCUCAGUUGUGGAGUCUAUACAGAGGUUUUUCCCUUCUCCGGUCAGGAUUCCUGGUUUAUGUUCGCAGUGAUCACAUAAAUCUUCCUACAGAGACACAAAAUUACGACUCACUGUUUCACUCUUCAUACAAUUCCCACCAUCAAGAACCGAAUUUUGAUCGCACCCUCCAAGCAAACUGACCUUCCCCAGCUCUUCGUCAACAGAA